AUGGUGCCUGCAGGGCGCGCCCACGACGCGCUGCUCUUGGAGCUGCGCAAGGCUCUGGAGGUGGGCAUCAUGCAGCCGCUGUGCGCAAAGAUCGAAGAGGAUCUGCGGCUGCUGGCACAUGCCACGAUGCAGGCGAACAGGGAGGCCUUGCCGCUCGCGCCACCGGAGGAGGCACUGGCGCUGCUGCAGCUGCGGCCCCUGCGCUUGACGGCCACGGAUGUGGUGGACCUGAAGGAUCAGGUGGAACUUCGCCUGAGCCGGCACUUCUACGAUCUGGCAGCCCUGGCGCCCCAGGACGCCGAGGCCUAUGCGCGCAUGCGAUCCGUGGCGCUGCAGCGUUACGGACUCGACCUCCUCGACGGCGGGUUGCCGGCUGGUUCUUUGGCUCAGGGGUUGGAUGUGAUCGAUGUGAUGCGAAAUGUCCACCUCCUGGCUACGCAGUACUGCUACAGCCUGCACCAACAAUUCUUCACUCAGGCAUCCAACCAGGGCGAGGCAAAGAUUCGAACGAUCACGGUGGAGCACCUUGCAGCUUCGAUCCGCGUCCAUGGCUAUGGGGUCAUCAACACGGCUGUGAACUACAGCGUUGGCUUCAUCAAGCGCAAGUUGGAGGUGGUGGCCGAAUUCCUUGCCGAUGAAUCGGUGAAAUCUCGGCUCCUGGCUGACAAGCAGUGGAUGCAGGGAAGGAGCUGCUACACCUGGGCGCGAGGGGUGGAGUCGGCGAAGAUCAUCCGAAGGCUCGGCGCUGGUCGAGACGGCGUCUCCUUCCUGGAUAAGCUUCGACAGGUAGUGUCGCAGAUUGGAAACAGCCUUGGCUACGUGCGAAUGGUGAGGACGGCGGGGAUGCGCAGUAUGGCAGGAAGCCUGGACUUCUUGGAGGCAGCCCCGUGGCUGGGCAAGCGCGAGCAAGGUGCCGAUAGCCUGACGAACGAAUUCUUGGAGGCUGCAGAGUCCGCCUGCAGUGAUGCUGCAGUAAAGGAGGGUGCUCACCUCGCGGACGCCGCAGCUCGCAGCGUCCGGCGGUGCUUUGAGGCCAGCACGGACCAUCUCAACCUAUUGGCAGACGUUUUUGCCAAGGCCCUGGCAAGGCCACUGGGUGGCGGCGUGGCGCCGCGACUCUUCCACCUCCUGGUGCCUGCCAUGGGCUGCUGCUUCCUCGAUUCGCUUCUCUUCGGGCGUGAGCUGCUGGCCAAGCGCGCAGUCACGCCUACUGGUGCGAAGGGGGAUGCCGUUCUUUUCGACGAUGGCUUCGCAGUGGGCGUGGCUUUUGUGCUGCGCGUCUUCGCCCUUGACAAGGACUUCCAGUCUCUGCAUUGGUUUCAGACCGAGAUUGCCGACAGCGACGUCGCAGUGGGUCGGGCUCGCGAGGCUGCGGGUUUACCCUUCCAGGACUCCCAGCGAUCUGCGGUUCAAGCAGUUGCUGACCGCCGCACGCAGCUGACCUCGGCGCUGGGGCAGCUGGCUGCGGCCAUGGAGGCCCCCUAA